GGAACACCGCUGACACCUUACCAAUGAAGACUGCAUUCCUAGCCUUGGCCUUAGCCCUUUUGAUCAUUUCAGUGACGUCACGUUCGCCUUUUAAAGAACGCCUCAUCAGAAAAUACCUGAACGACUUGGAAAAACGAAGAAUCUGUGAUAAGGGAAAGUGCUUCAGGGAUUGCAUGUUCAGAUCUACAGAAUCUAGCUGCACGAAGAAAUGUUGCGAUGACUGUUAUGAUGAAUGCAUGCGUAGCGGAAUAAAAUCGGACUACGUGUGUCGAAACGAGUGCGGUCUAUAACGCUUGAUGUCUCAAAUCCACACUUGGUUAGGAUUUAUGAUGUACGUUUUGAGGGAACUUCGACUCGAGUGAACAUCAUUCCUGUUCUACGAGUUUACGACAAUGCUGUGUAUCUUGUCAGAGUAAUUCUGGGUUCGUCGUAUACAAUUUAUCUUAUUAAUCCGCUCCGGCCAUAGUCAGCUUUGUUUUCUAUGGACAAUUUAUAGCCUUUUUUAUGUUUAGAUUUUAUUUAGCAGAUAUGUAUCUUGUAUUCUCUUAAGCCGCAAACAAAUAAAGUUGAAAAUUCGUUCGUUCAAA